UACACUGCUUGCAACACUGAUUUCAAAUCAUAACGAAUUUUUUGAAUUCGCUGUUACCGUGGGAUUUUAUUUCUUUGCGAAUAAAAUAGAAAUCGUGUUUACAUGAGUGAAUAUAUAUUUAAAAAUCUGUGACCGCUAUCCAAAUAAUAAGUUAGGAUAGUGAAACAUGGCGCAGUUUAAUUACUUGAAUGAACUAAACAGUUUGGCUACGAUCGACGGACCUUUAACGCGAGGUCCUUUGCAACGUUGGGCAAAGAAAACUAACAAUGAAAACUUAAAUCCCAGUCUAAGUGCUUCUUUCAAGAAUCAUUCGAAUGUUAAUUUGAGUUCAUGCAAUCAGUCGAUGCAAAAAUUAUCAAUAUCUACGAACCAAAGUUGUAACAAUAGUGUGUUAUCAAGCAACAAGACACCGACACGAAAUGAAAAUAAAAAGGGAAAGAAAACACCUUCCAAGAAUAAAUCUCCAGGCCGAUCAACUACUCCAACUCCAAACAAAGCCUCCAAGACCCCGAACAAGGCAGACAGAUUUAUUCCAUCAAGAAGUAACUCAAAUUAUGACUUGUGCCAUUACAUGAUGAACCGCGAGGAGGACAAAACUGAAGAGGUAGUGGCUCAAAACGCAGCAGGCGAGGCGAUUGGCCGGGCUCUAACUGACACGGAGCCCGGCAGGUUGUUGCAGUACACGUGCAAGGCGCCCGCCGCGCCCGAGGGCUACCAGAACAGACUUAGAGUUGUGUAUUCUCAGGCUAAAGUACCAUCAUCAGUAAAGAACACCACAAGGUACAUACCCCAAGCACCCGACAGGAUUCUUGAUGCUCCUGACAUAGUUGAUGACUAUUACCUAAAUUUAGUGGACUGGAGCGAGUCAAACAUCCUGGCAGUUGCUUUGGGCAAUGCAGUGUAUUUAUGGAACGCCGGUACUGGACAAAUAGACCAGCUGUUGACGCUAGAAGGCUCAGAGACAGUGUGCUCAGUAUCGUGGGUGCAAGGAGGCGGUUCACAUCUCGCCGUGGGCACUUCGAACGCGACGGUUGAGCUAUGGGAUUGUGGAAGGAUUAAACGGCUAAGGGUAAUGGACGGUCACACGGGGCGCGUUGGCUCGCUGGCGUGGAACAUGUACAUGGUGACGAGCGGCGGCCGCGACGGCAACAUCGUGCACCACGACGUGCGCCAGAGAGACCACGCCGUCGCCACUAUUAGUGGACACACGCAAGAGAUAUGUGGUCUGAAAUGGUCACCUGAUGGUAGAUAUCUUGCGUCGGGCGGCAACGAUAAUCUACUCAACAUCUGGCCAGUAACUCAAGGACAACACUACUCACAGCCACAAUACUUGUAUUCAUUCAACCAACACCUGGCGGCGGUGAAGGGCCUGGCGUGGUGUCCGUGGAGCGCGGGCAUCCUCGCGUCGGGCGGUGGCACGGCAGAUCGCACUAUCCGCAUCUGGAACGUCAGCACCGGCGCCAACCUCAAUACCGUUGAUACUAAGUCGCAGGUGUGUUCGAUCGUGUGGAGCACGCACUACAAGGAGCUGGUGUCGGGGCACGGCUACGCGCAGAACCAGCUGGUGAUCUGGAAGUACCCGCUGCUGUCGCGCGUGGCGGAGCUGAGCGGCCACGUGGCGCGCGUGCUGCACCUCGCGCUGUCGCCCGACGGCACCACCGUGCUCUCCGCCGGCGCCGACGAGACGCUCCGACUAUGGAAAUGCUUCAUGUUGGAUCCGACCAAAAAGAAGGAGCCAACUGAUUCGAAAGCAGCAAAAUCUUUGCUGAACAUGAAUUCCUUGAUUAGAUAAUGCUAUCUAUAAGUUUUGAGCGCGUGCGUUUGACUGAAACAUUGUGAUGUACAAUUAACUGUAAUUAUAGCAUUAAUUAUGUUUUGCAACAUAUUUAUACCAAUUAUGUUGGUUCUCAACGUGUUUAUUAAUUUUAUUUCACUUCGUAUUUUAUGUGAUGACAUUCUGAGCAUAUUGCAUGCAAACGGCUGUUUUACUUUGGUAAUAUUGAAUAUUUCGUUCGUUGCGAAAUUUUUACCCAGUAUUUUAUCAUUGUAUUUCUGACGUAUUUUCAGUUUUUGACGUGAAAGGGGAAGUUGAGGUCGUAAAAUGUGAAUUCGCGAAUUCGAGUUCUGUCCUAUUGCCUUUACUGUUACUUUCUCUUAUUCCUUAAAUUUCUUCAUUUAUAUUUCAUGAACAUUUAAUUACCUCGGCUUCUUUGUUUUAAGGAAUUUGUAUAUUUGGAGUGGUUUUCUAACCGUUUCAUUUAUAAGAAUGAUUUAACAUUUAAGACCUUUUGUAUUGUUUACAAUGAAAAUAAAUGAUAUUACCUAAACA